AAUGGUUUCUGGCACAGUCGGGGUUUUGGCCUUCUGAUUGUACAGAAGAAAAAAAAGGUCUCCAUUUGGAGAUAUCGGAGAACGAGUGAACUCACUGAGUUUGGGGCUUUUGAGGGUGAAUAAAAGAAUGUCGUUUUCACUGCGGAGCGUGAAGGUACCGCCGAACUCGGCGAGUCUAGAGGAAGCGAGAAGCCGAGUCUUCGAUUUCUUCAGGGAAGCCUGCAGAUCCAUACCCUCAGUCAUUGACAUGUACAACCUAGACGACGUCGUCACUGUCUCCCGGCUCCGCUCCACUAUCGCCUCUGAGAUCCGCAAGAACUCUCACAUCACCGACCCUAAGGUUAUUGAUAUGCUGCUUUUCAAGGGUACGGAAGAGUUAAAUAACGUUCUGGAGCAUGCAAAGCAGCGACACCAUCUGAUUGGUCAGUAUGUGGUCGGUCGCCAAGGGCUUAUUCAGGAUAUAGGCACCAAGGAUCAGGGCAUCUCUAAUUUUCUCAAAAACUUCUAUACCAGCAACUACUUCUGAAACUCUAAUGUCGUUGUGGUUAUGCUCACAUGGGGUUCUUGCUUUUGGGGUUUAGACUUGCUGAAUAAAGAUGUAUUUAAAGUUGUUUCUUGUAUCUUAUUGUUGGACUAGAGACAUUUCUAUCAUCUCUUGUGGCCGUAAUGUUUGGAAGCCAUGACAAAUAACUUUUACGUUUUCAUAAGGCCUGUUUAUUUUCAAGAAUGAAGAAGUUGUAUUCGGAUGA